AUGAGUUUUCUUCCACAAGAAGGAGCAGCUCGUCCUUCCAGGUGUCCAGAUAACACUGCCUUCAAGCAACAGAAGCUACCAGCUUGGAAGCCCCAGCUCAACAUAGUGACUGUGCUCUCCAGCUUCUUCCUCACAGGGGCAUUCUGCCUUUCUGUGGGAAUCUGCCUCAUCCUGUCUGCAAACAGCGUCAGAGAAAUCCAGAUUGAUUAUUCAGAGAAAUGCUCAGAUUGUACAAAAAUGCGUGAAAAUUCCUCUAAUUGGAAUAAAGAAUGCCACUGUUCUGUUAAUUUCACACUAAAUGAAGAUAUACUGGGUGAUGUUUUCAUGUACUAUGGCCUGCAAAACUUCUACCAGAACCACCGUCGCUACAUGCUGUCAAGGAGUGAUGCACAAUUGUUGGGUCGAAAUGCAAAU